AUGAAGGGUUCUACCAUCAUCAGUCUCCUAGCUACAGUUGCCACUACGAGCGCAGGCCCACUGAGAGCAAGGAACGACCAAGUUGACAUCACUUUUAUUGGUGCAGCCGAUGCUCAAUUCACCCAGAGCUUUCCAAGUGAUGGGACUGUCAUUUCCAUUGGGAACCCAUUGAGCAUCUCGCACAUUUCAUCCAACACCGCCGGCAUCCAAUGCACCUUUAAUGGCAUUGACAAAAGUGUGACAACUGUCACAGGACACGAACUGGUCGAUGUCGGCCCUCCCCAGACCCAGCUGUCUGGAUCUUGCCAGGCAACGGGCGUGAAGCUUCGGAGCGACAUUGUCCAUGUCUCCUUCAUCGGCGCCGCUGAUGCUCAAUUUACUCAGGACUUCCCUGUGAACGGUGGAUGGAUUCAAAUCACCGAUCCUCUGAGUAUCUCCCACAUCGUAUCGGACCGAGAUGGCGUUACCUGCACCUUCAAUGGUAUCGACCACAGUGUCACUACUACUAGUGGUACACAGCUGGUUGAUGUUGGGCCCCCUCAGACUCAGCUCUCUGGUUCCUGCUGGCUGUGA